AUGGAGUCUGGUAAAAAUGGCGUAUCAACUUCUGUCCUGUGCGGAUCGUUGAUCACGAAUGAGGAACGAAAGGAAAUCGAUUGGUUGAGUGCAGUGAUGAAGGAUAUUCUGCAAAAGUGUCCCGCAUAUGACACUGAUUUUGCGUUACUGCGGUGGUUACGAGCUUGUGACCAUGACCGAGAGAAGACCGUUGAACAGAUGAGUUGGGCACUGAAUGCGUUAUCUUGUCUUCAUAUUCUCGACAAAGAUUUGAGCACAAUUCCAAAGAUAAAUCAGCAAAUGAAUGUCGUCACACCGCUGAGUGCGUACUUUCCAGGUGGCAUAAUCGGAACAGAUAAACAUGGUAAUGUGUUGGUAAUGAACGGAACUGGUGAUUUGAGACCGCGACAAUUGCUGCACUGUACGACGAACGCCGAUUUCUUUAUUGCCGCACUCACUGAAGCUGAAGGCAUUCAGACACUGCUAAGAGCCGAGGAAAAGAAACGUAACCGUAAAUUGGGAGUUGUUAUGGUGACCGACCUCAGUGGUUAUUCACUGGAGCUAGUCGCAUCGUUAACUGCCAUUAAAAUGUAUUUGAAUUUGAUGACACUCCUUCAGCGUGCUUUCGUAGAUACCGCAGCAAAAAUAUAUGUGAUCAAUGUUCCGUCGGCAGUAGAAAUCAUAUGGACAAUGAUGAAGAAAGUACUUACUCAAGAUACAAUUGAAAAAAUUGAAAUAGUUGGUAACGAUUGGAAAGAGCUGUUAAUCAGGAAUCAUGGCGCAGAAAACAUUCCAAAACGUUGGGGAGGUACACUAGAGAAAUCGUAUGUAAAGGAGGCAAAGGUCUUAACUGACGAAUUGAGAGAAACAUUUCUGCCGAAACGUUGCGCGUUCGAUGAACUCGAGAAGGUGACCGUAAACGCACGUUCGGUUGUUAAAAUUCCGAUCAGAGUCAAUUCAGCUGGCACUAAACUCUCGUGGUAUUUCGAAUGUGUUUCAGGAGCGAUCGACUUUUGUGUUUUGCACAAUGGUAAUGAGGUAGGUAACUCUCUCAUUUGA